AUGGAUCGUUUCCAGAAGCUCAAUCGGCCUGCCAACGACCAUCGGUUUGAUAGCCCAGCACCGAAAAUGUCCACGGUCUUUCUAACUGGCCUCUCCCAUCAAACCCCUGCCACUUCUCUCCCGAAAUCUGAGAGAAAGUAUCGGCCGAUCAAGCCAAGCGAUUUCGAAGACAAUGGCGGCCCUAUAACCCUGACCGACUUUGGAAUCGGUACCCAAAACCCCAUACCUAUUCGCUCUGAGCGAUGUAGAGUGGCUCGGACAGCCCGCCAAGCCCAGAAGAAGACAACUGCGAAGCCCAAACGUUCGCAGCUCGACAUUGAGCUCCCACCUUUUCCGGAUCUACCUCAGCGCAAGCCUGUACCUUCCAGAGAGACACAUCUGAAGGAGGUCGAGACGGUGUUCCGAGGGCCGAUUCCCGGGCCCGAAAUCCUACCCUACAUGACAGGGAACGCGGUCGGGGAGUUAACAUUGGUUCUUCAACCCAAUGGGGACGUUGAAGCUCACGCCUGGCUUGGCCACCAAUGGCUGGUUGCCGGCAAGUACUCCUACGAGAAGCAGUCGAUCGACGGGAUACUGCGACAGAUCGUCCUCCAGGAGGAGUUUCUUCAACCUGUGGUCUACGAAACGCUGAACCACUUCCGGGUGGUGUGUAUGCAGUUUGAGGCGGCGGUUGUCAACGGCAGGGACCACUUGGUCCCUGCGAGUGUUGCAGUUAGUUGUGGCCCUAGGUCGGGGGGUCGCAACUGGAAUGGACACUCUGACGCCAACGGUCACUACACCGUUGGGUAUGGCCAGGUCGCAUCCCAAUACCGCCGCCACGGUGCGUACAUUGCCAACCCAAUUCUGCCGAAUCGCCAGUCAGCGACCCUCUCCAUGGACGGGCAAAUCGCGGGGAAUCCGGCCAGCUUUUACCCGUGCAAGGUAGCCCAUCAAGACGAUCCAUUUGUUUAUGCCAGAUCGGAAAUCGGAGCUGUGAAGCACAGCGGCUCAGCGUUCACACUUGUCGAUGGUCCUGCAUGCCGUGAAGGCUCUUCAGAGCGUGUUAACUUCCAUGAGUUGGGUCGUCCUGUCAACGAUGGGAAAACCGAGAGUCAAUUCCACAGGGUGGUUCUGUCCCAAUUCACAGCCCCCGACGACAACAACAACGCAAACGUUUACACUCCUUGCGCCUCUCCACCAACCACAACCAAAGGGAAUGUGAUUUCUGAGGUUGCAAAAUCUCUUCCAUCAGAAACCCGAAAGAACGAAGUCAAAUCGCCUAAGCACCUGACUGUCGACAUCAACGCAGCCCGAGAAUAUACUGGCAAGUCCAGGACAGAAACGGCAACUGCCAUCCUCACUUGUGCCCGCACCGAGAAUAACACCAUCCACGAUCUGUUCACUCCCAAUCGCACCAUCAUGACUCCAGCGCAUAGUGGCCCACGAGGCCACCCCAUUAUGCCACCCUCACUGUCCAAUGACGAGUUGAUCGCCGAGAGUAAGAAGUACACUCUUGAGACGCGCAUCAAGCUGGGAGUUGAUGACGAGGAAGAUGCCCGCCAUGCCCAAACCCAUCGCAAGAAAUUUAUGCCAAACGGGGGCAAGUAUAGCGGUGGAUCCCAGGCCUACGGAUUAUAUGAACCCCGUCGUCGUGUCUUGGUUGCGAUGAAACCAUCACACGCUGAUGCACCCGCAAGUGGCGCGGCUCUGGGACACCGUGAGCUCAAUCCAUCUGCUGCGGGCUCGACAAAUUUCACCGCGGCGGACAUCAACGCGAACACGGCUGCGAGGGUCUUUUACCGGAACGCCAGCCCAACCACUCCUGAUUUCGCUUACACGGAUGAGGGUGUGUCCACCAUUGGGUCAAUCCUCCUGGCCAUCAAUGAGAACAUGAGGGCGUACACUGCGCCGGCCGAUGCGGGUUCGCAGGAGAUGGCACGCGACUGUAGCAACUCUGACGUCGACACUCACCCCACCUGGAAGAAUGGCAAGCGCAUUUUUAGAGGCAGGAAGACUAAGACCACUGGCCCCACCGAAGGUGAGCCCUGGCCAACGACGAGCUUCUACGCGAACCAACCGCGCAACUAUUUUGCACCGUUCGCCAAGUCCCCCGAGUGGACCAUUGACCGAUCGAAGGACGGCAACCGAAGCUACUUCGGCGAUCAGGGUUGGGAGAAAGUCCCAGAGCGCGUGGGCCGUGACCGCCGCUAUCAGUGGGGCGAAUCGAACUUUCGACGCACCAACAUGUGGUGAUCUGGAUGGCGAGUAUCUUUGAGCUGGAAGCUAUGAUUUUGCACGACAUUCCUGACUCAGUUGGAAGAUAUCAGUGGGAUAAUGAGUGACGGGAUGUUGAUCGUCCACUGGAAGAUGGAAUUUGGGGCCUUUCGGCGCCGAACGUUAUUGGAUGUUGACACAUCAGAAGUACAAUGCAAUUGCACUGGUAAAAAAUUGUUGACAGUGGAUGACGAAAAAGGACGAUGAUAUUGCGCAUUGCCGCUGGUGAGAUUCGUUGGCGGUGGAGGAUAAUGGAACGCACGUCGUUUGAUGAAAAUACCUCAGUCUGAGAAAAAAUCGAAAACCCCAGCCUGAUGCCCUGUAAAUCAUCAUCCGUGAGUUUUAUUUACU